CCGUUCUCGUAAAAAUAAUAAAGAGUAUAAUUAAACAAAAAUGGACCAAUCAAUCAAAUCAAACUGACUCAUCUUAGAGCUCACCGGUCGUCUCUUCUCGUCUCCUCUCCUCCCCGCGGCUCAGACGCCAAGGCAAAAGAGCCUCACGCUUGAAAUCUCCGUCCUGAAUUUCAAGGCUCUCAGUGAUCGGAUAUGGCGGAGAAGCCGGCGCAGGAGCAGGAGCAGGAGCAGAAGAGAGCGAUGGAGCCGGCGGUUCUGGACGAUAUAAUUCGCCGCUUGGUUGAGUUUCGGAACACGAGGCCUGGAUCGGGGAAGCAAGUUCACCUCAGCGAAGGCGAAAUCCGACAGCUCUGUGCUGUCUCCAAAGAAAUCUUUCUCCAGCAACCCAAUCUCCUCGAACUCGAAGCUCCCAUCAAGAUCUGCGGUGAUAUCCAUGGGCAGUAUUCAGAUCUAUUGAGGCUCUUUGAGUACGGAGGCUUCCCUCCUGAAGCUAAUUACUUGUUCUUAGGUGAUUACGUCGACCGUGGCAAGCAAAGCUUGGAAACGAUAUGCCUUCUCUUAGCAUACAAAAUCAAGUACCCUGAGAACUUCUUCUUGCUGAGAGGAAACCACGAAUGCGCCUCCAUUAACCGUAUCUACGGGUUCUAUGACGAGUGCAAACGCAGGUUCAACGUCAGGCUCUGGAAGAUAUUCACAGACUGCUUCAACUGUCUUCCCGUGGCCGCCUUGAUCGAUGACAGAAUACUAUGUAUGCACGGUGGGAUUUCCCCGGAGCUGACGAGUUUGGACCAGAUCAGGAACAUUUCUCGACCAAUGGAUAUUCCGGACUCUGGUUUGGUGUGUGACUUGCUUUGGUCGGAUCCUAGUGGAGACGUCAAAGGCUGGGGGAUGAAUGAUCGUGGUGUCUCAUACACUUUUGGAGCUGACAAAGUUGCUGAGUUCUUGCAGAAAAACGACAUGGACCUUAUCUGUCGUGCUCAUCAGGUUGUUGAAGAUGGUUAUGAGUUCUUUGCGGAAAGACAGCUUGUUACUGUGUUUUCAGCUCCAAACUAUUGCGGUGAGUUCGACAACGCAGGCGCGAUGAUGAGCAUCGACGAGAGCUUGAUGUGCUCGUUCCAGAUUCUAAAGCCGUCGGAGAAGAGAUCGCCGUUCCUAUGACGAUAGAAUCACCAUGUCUUUUAAUGUAGAAGUCUCCAAAAGCUGUAACACUGGCGAGAGGAUUCUAGAUACAGAAACUACUCAAAGUGUUUCUGAUAAUAGAGCAUUUUAAGCAAAACAAAGAGAUGGUCUCUCGAACAGAGUAAACAACAACUUCAGGUCUCUGCUGUGAUUUUAGCAUCAUCUCUCACAUCUAUCUCCAUAUUUGUCUAAAAAUGUGUGUUUUGGAAUAUUAUUAGAUUCUCAUUUGUACUCUCUUAUCUUUUAUGAGAACCAAAAGUCAACUUUUUUAGAGCCCC